AUGGCGCCCCACCUACUCACCCCACCGGCCCUCACCAUUACGGGCGCCGCCGCCCCAGGCCGCCUCGGCGGCGCCGGAUCGGCGGACCCGCGAGCGCCCAGGCCACGCGCGCCGUCGCGCACCUUCUUCUGCUCCUCCCCCGGCAGAGCGCGGCGGGGGCUCAGGAGGAGGAAGGGCUUGAGCGUCGCGGCGGCGGCGGCGGAAGGAGCGGAGCCGGGUGGGCCCGCGGGGCCGAUGCGGCUCAACGAGUACAUGGUCGCUGUGGACCGGCCCCUCGGCGUCCGCUUCGCCCUCGGCGUCGACGGACGCGUCUUCGUCCACUCCCUCAGGAAAGGGGGGAACGCCGAGAAGUCCAGGAUCAUCAUGGUCGGCGACACGCUCAAGAAGGCGGGCGGCGACGGCGAAGGCCUCGUCACCAUCAAAGACCUAGGUGACACGGAAAUUGCGCUGAGGGACAAGUCAGCAUGCAGCCUUGUCCUUGAGAGACCAUUUGCUCCUUUUCCAAUCCAUCAGUUGCAUCAAAAUGAAGAUUACCACAUUCUAUUUAACAGAGGGCGGGCUGCUGUUGCCUCGUGGAAUAGUGCUGUUUGGUCCACAAAGCUGAAUGGAUCGUCUACUGGGGAUGGAAAAUGUGGUUUUGCUGUAUUCUCCUCAAGGUUGCUAAGUUCUCAAGGAUGGGCUCUUCUGUCUAACGAGAAAGGUGGACUCAAUCAGAGUAGCACUAACCUUGCCAAUCGCAUAAGUGAGAUUGUUGGUUUAUAUUCUGAUGAAGACGAUGUCAAUGCUGAGUGGGCACAUGGUAGCUUUCCUUUGGAGGAGUACAUUAAAGCACUAGACCGUGCUAAGGGUGAACUGUACUAUAAUCAUUCACUGGGUAUGCAGUAUAGUAAGAUAACAGAACAAAUAUUUGUUGGGUCAUGUAUACAAACAGAGAAAGAUGUGAAGAUGUUAUCAGAAACUAUGGGUAUCACUGCUGUUCUGAAUUUCCAAAGUGAAAGUGAGCGCAUUAACUGGGGAAUCAAUUCUGAGGCAAUCAACAGUUCUUGUCGUGAGAAUAACAUCUUGAUGGUUAACUAUCCUAUACGAGAGGUUGAUUCCUUGGACCUAAGAAAGAAGCUUCCUUUCUGUGUCGGUCUUCUGUUGCGUCUUAUAAGGAAGAACUACCGUAUCUAUGUGACUUGUACCACUGGAUAUGAUAGAUCACCAGCAUGCGUGAUAUCAUACUUACACUGGGUUCAAGAUACACCUCUCCUUAUUGCUCACAAGUUCAUCACUGGUUUGCACUCUUGUAGACCUGACAGAGCUGCAAUUGUUUGGGCAACUUGGGAUCUUAUUGCUUUAGUUGAAAAUGGAAGGCAUGAUGGUAGUCCCACACAUUCAGUAUGUUUCGUUUGGAACAGUGGUAGGGAGGGUGAGGAUGUAGAGUUGGUUGGAGAUUUUACGAGUAACUGGAAAGACAAAAUAAGAUGCAUCCACAAGGGUGGGUCAAGGUAUGAGGCUGAAGUUCGCCUUCGGCAUGGAAAGUACUAUUACAAGUUUAUAAUUGGGGGCCAUUGGAGGCAUUCGACAUCAUUGCCUACAGAAACAGACGAACAAGGGAAUGCCAACAAUGUGAUCAGAGUAGGUGACAUUGCUCGCAUUCGUCCUGCUCCAAGCCAGCUACACAUAAAAGACCCAACUGUUGUUAAGGUCAUAGAAAGGGCGCUAACAGAGGACGAGCGGUUUUCAUUGGCGUUUGCAGCACGCCACAUGGCAUUUGCAAUCUGCCCAAUCAGAUUGUCCCCAAAGCAGUAG